AAAUGAACUGUUUUUGUGUAAGUUUAGUUUUGCUUUCAGCAGUAAUGUAUACUAAUGCUGCUGUUGCGUUAUAUAAGGCACAAAAGAAGCCGGCAGAAUUUGCAAACCAGGACGGAUGCUACCUUGAACACUUGAAUAAAGUGAUACCAUAUGGCGAUUACUACCCUGAGAAUUCGUGUUACAAGUACACGUGUGAUACGGAUAACAUUACGCAGACGUUCUCAUGCGGCGUAGUGGAAGUAGACAAAAGAUGUGCACUCGUCAGCAACGAAAAGGCAGCCUAUCCUGAUUGCUGUCCUAUUGAGAUAUGCGGAACCAUUUCACCAGAAUAUUUAACUGAAGAAGAAAAUGUAACUAAACCAGUGUUAGAAGAAUCCAGUGAAGCAGGAGCGAAAUCACCAGAAGAUAUCAGUGGAGAAGGAACUAAAUCACGAAAAGAAUCCAAUGAAGAAGGAACUGAAUCGCUAGAAGAAUCCAAUGAAGAAGGAGCUAAAUCACUAGAAGAAUCUAGUGAUGAAGGCAGAACUGGACCGCCUGUGUUUGAGGAAACCAGUGAGAGUCUAGCAACUGAAAGCAGUGUAGUGAAAUCAUUAACUCAUGAAGGACAGAUUAAUGAGAUUCUGAUUGCUGUUGAGAAUUCGAAUUUGGGUGGUUAGG